AUGGCUAAACGGUACAGUGCUGAAGAUGUCCUACGCUUCCUUGAUGGCAAUUCAAGUGACAUAGAGGAGUUAAUGUCUACAGAUGAUGAAGUGUUGGAUAAAGAUUGGACCCCUAAUGCAGACUAUGAUGAAGAGAACUCUAGUACUGGUAGUAGCAAUGAGGAAGAUAAAACUCUUGAUGAUAGGCUUGAAGAGGAAGAGGAGGGUCUAACAACGUCACAGGCGACCAAGCAGCGUGGAAGAAGUAAAGUAAAAAGCAAAGAGGAGAGGAGAAAGGCACAUACAGCUGCUGAGAUUGAUAAAAGUGAUGACCAGAUUAGCACAGAAGGAGGAGGUCCAACAGUAACACAGGCCAAAAGAACAAAUAAAUCUGCAAAGAAAAAAGUGAAAACGAAGGAGUACAGGUGGAGAAAGGCAGAAUUUGACCCUCCAGAUGUUCCAUUUAUUGAGAGUGCUGAUGAAGGCAUCGAAGAAAGGUGUGAGUUUACACCUUACAUGUAUUUCAAACAGUUUGUCACUGAGGACAUGAUACAGCUGGUUGCAGAUCAAACAAACCUUUUCAGUGUGCAGAAGGAAGGGAAAUCAGUCAACACAAAUUUCAAAGAAAUUGAGCAGGUUCUUGGCAUGUACAUGUUCAUGGGUUUGGUACAGAUGCCCAAUGUAAGGGCCUAUUGGGAAAUAGAAACAAAGUACCCCAAAGUUGCCGAUGUGAUGUCACGUGAUCGAUUUGAGAAAUUGCUGACAUUGCUGCACUUUCAAGACAACCUCAGUGUGUCUGAAGAUGCAAAGAAGGAUAAAUUGUGGAAACUGAGGCCAUGGCUCGAAAAGCUACAAGAACAAUGCCUUCAUAUCCCUCCUGAAGAACAUCAUGCAGUUGAUGAGAUAAUGAUUCCGUUUAAGGGAAGAUCUCAUCUGAAAGUCUACAUGCCAGCAAAACCCCACAAAUGGGGAUUCAAAAUGUGGGGACGUGCAGGACAGAGUGGUUUCCUGUAUGACUUUGAUGUUUGUCAAGGGGCAGCAGAUCCAGACAAGGAAAGGUCUGAGGUUGGUGUGAGUGGAGAUGUUGUUCUCAAAUCGACAUCAACCCUUCCUGCAGGGAAGAACCACAAAGUGUUUGCGGACAACUAUUUUACAUCACUCCCACUGUUGGAACACCUGUGGCAGAGAGGGAUAUACUACCUUGGCACCAUCAGGAUGAACAGGGUACCCAACUGCAGCAUGAAGGAUGAAAAAGACCUGAGGAAACAGGGAAGAGGGUCCAUGGAUUACAGAGUCAACCAAAACAACGUGAUAGUUGUAAGGUGGUGUGACAACAAACCCGUCAACCUGGUGUCCUCUUUUGUCGGCAUCACUCCCCAAGACCACGUGAAACGCUAG